UUUAUUUUUUAAUUUUACGGAUAUCGUUAUCUGCUUCUCUACUAAACACGAAGAAGCAGGAGAGCUCGAAACAAAAAUGGAGGGAAGCAUCUCGCCGCUUUGCCUACGUUCUUCCUCGAGUCUCUGUUACUUCUCCAGUAAUGUUUCUCCUGAUUCUCACCGUUCUCUAGGAUUUACACUGGUGGAUUCGCUCCGGCCGACGAACUUGGUAUCACUUCGAACGGGAAAUAGCCGUUCGUCGUCACUACGACUGAUUCUAUCUCCGACGAGAGGCGCUCUACGUACGCCGACAAUUUCCGCGGAGGAAGUGAAAGAUGUCCCGAUGCCGAAGAUAGAUAAGAGCGGCCGAUUAAGCAGCCCUCGAGCCGCCCGCGAGCUCGCUCUAGUAAUACUUUAUGCCGCAUGCUUAGAAGGCUCAGACCCAAUUCGUCUCUUUGAGAAGAGGAUAAAUGCAAGAAGAGAGCCUGGAUACGAGUUUGACAAGACGUCUUUGUUGGAAUAUAACCACAUGAGUUUUGGAGGACCCCCAGUUAAAACAGAAACAAGUGAAGAAGAAGAUGAGCUUGUGCGCUAUUAUGAAAACGAAUCGAAAAUCGGUAAGUUUUACCCUGAAGAUAUGUUUCCCUGUUUUGUUUUACUUAUAUCGCAAAGAGACUCUUGUUUGUGGCUCAUGGAAAUUUCCUAUCUUUUAACCUGCUGUUUAUCUCUCUUUCUGCAGAAGCAGAAGUGCUUUCAGCUCCCCCUAAGCUGGUGUACAGCAAACUUGUUUUACGGUUUGCAAAGAAACUAUUGGCUGCAGUGGUUGAUAAAUGGGAUAGUCAUGUCGCCAUCAUCGAGAAAAUUUCCCCGCCAGAUUGGAAGCCAAACCUGAGUAAUGUUGAAGGAGAAACAUGGGAAGAACUAGACACUACAGAGAUCGGUCAUGGUGGUCAAUCAUUACCUUGGCUUGUUUGGCCACGAAUCGAUAAGGAUUCAUUGGAGAUGCUAUCCAUGGAGUGCCCAAGAAUAGUGGUAAAUCCCAAGCCCUCAUUUCUCACUUACAGUCUACACGAGGCUCCUCGAGAAGCAUUACCAGAUGUUGCAUUGGAUGAUGCAUUUGUGAAAGAUAUUGAUCCUGCGACAUGGCUUGUUAGAGGAGUUUUGCAGAAUCCGGCAUCCGCCUCAUUAUCCUUGAACUCCAAUGAGCUGCCAAUAGCAGAGAAGUUCAGACUAGCGUUUGCAGAGAGCGAUGCACGAUUGGCCCCUAAACGGCGAACUUUCAAUAUCGC